AUGUUGACGCGCCCCAAGCUCCUCGCCGCGGCAUCACUGCUCCUCGGAGCCGCGUCCGCCCGCCCGCCACUCGUCACACCGGUCCUGGACGCCCGAGCUCCAGCAGCUACAGACCCAUGGGUCAGCGUCGACACGUCCGGCGUGCCCGUGACGGUGACGCCCGUGGUCACCGUCGUGGACGGGGCAACGACCACGAUAUCAGCUGCUCCCAACGACCUAACUGCGACUGUGGUGACGAGGACGGAUCAUGCUGAGAUCACCACCAGCACUGGCACCGCGCCUCCUGAGCCCACGGCCACGAACAAAGAUGGGACGGGCUCGUUCCUGGUGUGCAAUAAUUCCGAUGGGAUCAAUGCCCCGUUCUGCCAGCCGUCGCACAACAGCUCGCUCUACCCCGGCACGACGUAUUAUGUUACUUGGGACACGUCCGUCUUCAACUCCACCAACACCACCGUGAUCUUGGAGGGCUCUUACAACAAUGCUACGACCGGCGAAGUUGCGUCGCAGGCAUUCUCCUCGGACAAAAUUACGGCCGGUUGGUCAUACUACGCUUGGGCAGUAGACAGCAAGCUGCUGCAGGGCAAGAGGGCCGUCAACAUCACGCUGUUCCUCAAUGCGCUCGACGCCGACCAGAACACGACCGCGAAGUCAUACACGGGGCCCAUGGUGCUCGUGACGAAGCCGCCGACGUACCACCAGGCGCCGCCCAAGAUGCCAACCGGCGCGGCGCUCUACAUUGGCCUGCCAACGGUCCUGGGCUUCUGCGUGAUCAUGAUCUUCGGCGUGUGCCUCUGGAACAGGCAGGCGCGCAAGAUAUCUAUCGGAAACAUCAUGUCGCGGAGCAGGCACGGCUACGGCACCGCCAAGGCCGGGCGAGGAGACCAGCACUACCGCGACGAGCCGCGACACCAGCCCGGCAGCCGGGGCGGCGGCGGCGAUGGCUGGGGCCAGCAGCACGUCUAUCGCCGUCAGGAGAACAAUAACGAGUUCCUCGGCCACGCCAGGCGAGACAGUGAUGCACUGGGCAGCUUGGCUGGGACGCCGACGAGUGCGAAUUUCCCUGUGACGCAACCACCACCACCACAGGGAGGGAAUGCCUUCAGGGAAGAGUUGGAGAGGCAGCGACGAGAGAGGUCUUAG